GCUGGUUGAGGCCGCUCAGUAAGCUUUAGUCGCUCGACGGAAUCGGACCUUUUUGCCUUCUUCGCAAAGGGGAGGAGAGUGUUCAAGUUUUGUGGGGGCCGCGUGUUCGAUCGCUUUGCGUGGCGUGGAAAUAGUGACAGUUCCGAAGAAAGGUGAUCGAGUGAGAGAAGCCGUUAGUGAAAGGAAGAGUUUUGAAAACAUGGACAACAAAAAUCCACCCUACCCAUCGUCGCAAGCGCCCGGAUUUGUGGCCGGACCAAAUACGCACCAGUUUCAGCCACAACCCGCCGGUUAUCCACAUCCACCGGUGAACCACAGCUAUCCUCAUCCGCCGCCGCCACCACCGUACGAUGCCAACGCCAACAUGAUCCCACCGGGUGGCCACGGGGGACAGCAGCCGACCUACGUUCACACGAUAGUAACAGCACCCCAGGUUGGACCGGAUCCGGCCUCGAUCAGCUGCCCAUCCUGCCAGAAGCACGUCAUCACCAAACUGGACUACGAAACCUCCACCAAAACGCACAUUAUGGCUGGUCUUCUGUGCUUAUUUAUCUGUUGGCCAUGCUUCUGGAUUCCGUACGUCGUGGACACAUGCAAGAACGCCAAUCACUACUGCCCCAACUGUGGCGCCUACAUCGGAACAUAUCGGGGCUAGGGCCUGGACCGACCCAGAAUCCUCCUUCCUCGGCCAUGCGAUGUUAACGACCACUUCAACCCUAUUCCAGCUGCAUUUCUAGCAAAAAAAAAAAAAGAAAAAACCUUCAGCCAAGCCAGUCCUCACGUGGCCACUAGAAAAGUCGACACGAGCAAAUCGGGCAAACAAGAAGAUUUGCUUAAGACUAUUACUUUAUAUCAACGUGUGUGUUAUCUGUGUACAAGAUUGCACCGCGGAAAGAAAAUAAGGACUAUCUUCAUGUAAUAUACCCCGUAAACAAGUGCGACGACGCAAGGCGGGCUUAGUGAGUAGUUUUAAGUGUAUAAAUAAAACCUAUUUGCUGUGUUGUAGUACUUAAGGUGCAUCAUAGACUGGGAGAGAUGUGGAUUUGAAGAACAAAAAAAAGCGCGAAAUAACGCGCAGUGAAGAUGCAAUAAAGUGUAAAUAGGACCUGUUUAAUAAAUAUUGUUACAACGCCGGUUGAUGAUGCGGUUGCAACGACGGGGCGCGCGAGUUCGUUGGACAAGAGAACGCCUUAUUAGAAAUAUAUUUACUACCUUUGCAUUCCUGAACACUGUGAAAAGUAAAUAAACGUUUACUAUAAACUGUGAACAAA